UUGUCUGUCAUUUUCUAUUCCGUCUCAGCGUGCAAAGGUCAGUGAUCGCCGUCGAAACGCAAGAAGAUUAGGAUGAACUUCAGAAUACUUUUGACAUCAAUACUAGUGCUGGUCAAAGGCACAGUGGCCCAGGAAGGCACGCCAGAUGACUUUAUUGAACCAAAUGAAGAUGAUUUCAACAGAGAGUACGUAGAUAUGAUUUCACUUACGCCUUUCGAUCCUUCUCCAGAACCAGCGAAACAGGAGGAAUGUCGUAGAUUGAAAAGCGUAAAAAUUCUGCCCGCAGGAUUAAUGGAAGAUCUUCUCUGUCAGCAUAUUAUCCGCUUCUUCUAUUGGCAGAUGGAACAAUUAAGGCACGCCAGCGAAAAGGUCAGAAAUGUUUACCUAAAGUUACACGAAUGGUCCGUCAAACAUGGUCCAUUGGAUAAAAUGAGAGUGACACAGCGCAACAGAAUGACCGCCACUUUCAACGAUGCUGAAAAGCAGGAUCUCGCAAAUCUGGUAGCCCUCAUCUCGAGUUAUGUGGAUUCGGACCCGGUUCUCAAAGCCCAUCGUAAAAGAUGUAAAACUUUUCAUUAUAGUUAUGGGGAACUGAAAUAACUAAGGUAGCAUUCUUCGCUGAAACUGGAAGUUCUAAAAGUCUCCAAUUGACAGAGAUUAUCAGUUGACUUUGUUUAUCUAUGCCACUAUAAGCUUUUCAGCGUAAAUUGGAAUAAAAGUUGCACACCU